AUUUACUUAUUUUACAAUACAUAUUUAUAAUUUUACAUUUUAUUAUUUGUAUAUAUAUUUUUAAUUAUUGAAUUUUUUUUUUACAACUUUUUAUUUUUAUAUUUUUACAUUUGUAUGAAAGCAGUCAUAUACAUUUUUAUUUUGAGACAUUUUUUCUUUUCCCGAUUCUACGCUACCCCUCAAGAAUUAUUGGCCAGUAUUGUAGGAGUUAAAUUUCACAAAUUAUAUGUUUGAAAACACAUGGAUCACAACCUAACCUUUGAGUAAUUUUAAAAAUAGUAAACAAACAAUAAGAUGGCUGGAGUUUUAUUUGAAGAUAUUUUCAACGUUAAGGACAUAGAUCCUGAGGGAAAAAAAUUCGAUCGUGUAAGUCGAUUGCACUGUGAGUCCGAGUCAUUUAAAAUGGAUCUUAUACUGGACAUCAACAGCUGGCUCUACCCCAUGGAACUUGGUGAUAAAUUUCGUCUGGUUCUCGCAACAACACUCCGAGAAGACGGUUAUCCUGAUGGAGGAGAUUGGGCAGCAAUUGAGCAGUUACCAGGUGGAUCUCGAGCAGAUAGUUUCGAAUACGUCAUGUCUGGAAAAGUUUAUCGCAUGGAAGGUGAUGAAGCCACCAACGAACCAGGAAGUCGACUUUCUGCUUACGUUUCUUUCGGUGGACUCCUGAUGAGGCUCCAAGGCGAUGCAAACAAUCUCCAUGGAUUUGAAAUUGAUCAACAUAUGUAUUUACUAAUGAAACGACUUGCCUUUUAAUUUAUUCAUUUAACUAUAAAUCUUUGAGACAUUUAUUUGAUAACUACUAACUUAGGAUGUUGUCAUUCAAAGAUUCAAUGAGAAACUGAUAACUUUUUCUUAAAGUAAAUUUACUUAGCAUUUAAAUAAAUUAAUUGAUGUAUUUGUAUUGAUAUAUUUUAUAAAUAAACAACUGUUAAUUAUAA